AUGGCUGCCUCAAGUGUUAGUGGUAUCGAUUUCAAGAAUGCUGCUGCCCUCCCAGGAAAAUGUGGGGUGAAAAAUAUUCCCUUCAAGAUUAGCCCUAAAGUUGAUUGCUCAAAGGAAAUCACAACCAUUUCCACAAUGCUAAACAAGCAACUAUUUCCUUUGCUUCUCAUCUGCAUCGCGGUCGCCGUGUCCACGACCACCGGAGCAUCUAAUACAGCUGCUGAGGAUGCAAUUCUUACGUGCAACAUGGUGUAUAGUAGCCUCGAACCAUGUCUUGGCUACGUGUUAGGUGGUGAGUUAACUGUAUCACCAGAGUGUUGUAGUGGAAUUAAAUCUAUCCUCAACGCUGAACGUACAAGAGCUGACCGCGAGAGAACUUGUACUUGCAUAAAGAGUGUUGGUUCAACCUCUACCGCAAUUCCAAUUAGCCGUGCUGCUCAACUCCCUGGAUUAUGUAAGGCUAAUAUUUCUUUCAAGAUUAGUCCAGAUGUUGACUGCUCUAAGACCAUAUAA